AUAUAGUCAGAUUGGGUACAAAUUUCUACUUAAUGAAACUUUUAAAACGCUAUCAACACAUUAAUAAUAUGUAACCGGAUGUAUAUUUUCUCAAGUAUAUGCUUCAAAGUUAGAUGAUGUUUGUGCGAGUAUUCGUGUUCCUACUUAUUAAUUGCUUUACUUCUACAAAUGGGGCUAAGGUUCAACAACGCUUAAAGAAAAUCAACAUAGGAGUAGAAACUGCCGAGAAUGACAUGAAACAGUUUUUAAAAGAGGAACAUCACCAUGAUGUAGAAACAGUAUUACAAGAACUACAAGCAAGUGUAACAAAUCACCAGCUGUUCGACAUUACAACCAAAGAAGAGCAAUUGGAACUUAUAGAAUACUCAAAGAACAAGACAUGCAUCGACCCACCAAUUUUUAUGAACCAUACAAUGUCACGCAAGGCUACUAAGUCAAGAAAGAAAAGACUGAAGGGAACUAAUAGCAUGAAACAUUCAAGGCAAAAGAGAAACAUUGUUCUUAAUUGGGAUAAUAAAUGGGAGAAAAAUGGAAAGCAUGCUAUCAUUCCAUGGAUGUGGGGUGGGGAAACGACCCCUGCAGCAAAAGAAAAUGUCCUUAGAGCAAUGGCAUACCUUCACAAGCAUACCUGCAUCAGAUUUGUUCCCUAUACACAAACAGUACACAAAGAGCACAAACUGGGUCACAACUCAUGGCUGAACUUCACACAUGAAGGAGGGUGCUGUUGGUCGUUUAUUGGUCGGCUGGAUUUGGACGAAGGUGAGGGACAGAGAAUUCAUCCAACUAGCAUGACAUCUAAAUCAAUCAAUUUACCACUUCAUGAAUUUGGUCAUGCGCUGGGCAUGAGCCACGAGCAGAAACAGCCAGGAAGGGAACCGUAUCUGAAAAUAAACAUUAACAAUGUACUGUCAAAUUAUGGUGAAUUUGCAGUUACCGAAAAUGCUGUUUCCUACCAUAUGCAUGACUUCCAUUCACUUAUGCAUUACUCAAAAUGGUUUAACACAAGGAAUGAGCUACAGACUAUGGAGGGCUUUGAUCCGGAUUGGGAGUACUUAUUUUCUAAUAAAAGACAAUUUGACUUCUUUGACCUAAUGGAUAUAAACAGAGGAUAUCAAUGUGAUGCGAAUUGUCCGUCAAAUAUUGUUUGUUACAAUACUGGUUUUGCUGCUUUGGUGGAUGAUGAAUGUAGUUGCAUCUGCCCUGCUGGUCUAAAAGGCGACUGCACUCAAUUUGACAAUGCUGACAGCACUCGGUUUAUAAACCUACGUGAUGGCUUCAGUAGUAUAUUUUUAACAUCACCAAACUACCCAGAGUCGUAUCCAAACGAUGUGACAGUGUACUGGUUCAUAAAGGCUCCAGAAAAUAGCAGAGUUAGUGUCUACAUUGAAGAUUUCGAUAUUGGUGGAGAAGAAAAUAAUGGAGAUGAAGAUGCUGGAUGUGAUGACUAUUUAGAAAUUAGAACAAGCUCUAUUGGACAGCCAGGGCAUAAGCAUUGUGGUACAAAUUUUAAAAGGAGUUGGCUAACAGAGUCAAACCUAUUGUGGAUGACCCUUGUUACGGAUGAUAAAGGAGGUGGAUCGGGUUUUAAGGCUAAGAUCACAUUUAUAUCAGACAAAUCUAUUAUGGAAUAUUAUAAUAUUGCUGACAAUGGUGCAAGUUACAGUGGUUUCAUGAACUUUACUCAGGACUUCAGACAAUGCAUCAACUGGGAACGAGUGAAACACUGCGACGUUAAUCCCUUUUCACGGAGCUUUUAUGAUAAUGGGUUGGGAGACCAUAAUUAUUGCCGAAACCCAAAUGGGGCACUGCGACCUUGGUGCUACACAAACGAGAUGUGUUCCCAAAAUUUCUGUGAUAUUGGUCAAUAUGGGUUAUGUCAUGACAUAUUCGAUGAUUGCUCAUUUGUAUUGACAAAUGUGCAAAUACAUUGCCAAAACGAAGAGAACCAACGUGGCUGUAGAAAGACGUGUGGCAUGUGUGAUAUAUCUGAACAGAAGAAGGUUGAUGUACUGCCACCUCCGUUUGUUAAUGACUCGUAUGCUGUACAAGAUGAUAUAAAUCAUAUAAGGAAGAAUAAUUAUGUUGUUGGUGAUGUUGUUAAAUAUAAUUGCAAGAAGAAUGGCGAAUACAUAUUUGGUUAUGAAGAGAGAAGGGCUAUGUCUGAUGGCACAUGGAGUGGGAGGUCCCAGUUUUGUGGUAAAUGCCCAAGUGGCUGGGCCACAUUAGGCGACCAUUGUUAUAAAGCAUUCCUUGAGUUGAUGAACUUUGAUGAUGCAGAGACUUUCUGCCAACGAUUUAGUACAGAUGGUCAUUUAGUGAGCAUAAAUAGUGCAAAGGAACAACGAUUUGUGGAACAGAUAGGAAAUAAACUACAUUCAUUCUGGCUUGGAUUUACUGACAAUAAAAAUCAUUACCGUUAUACAUGGUUGGAUGGGAGUCCCUCACCGUUUGUGAUGUGGUUUGAUUAUGAACCUAACGACCAGCAAUCGCCCACCGGUGGCGAGGACUGUGCUGUUUACAGCCCUUACUUUUUUAAAGGAUGGUAUGACCGUUCUUGUGACUCUCUGUUUGCGUACAUUUGCAAGAAGCCUGCAGAGAUGGGAUGCAAAAGUGGAUGGCGACACAAUCCUGCAAAUAAUGCCUGUUAUAGAGCGUAUCGUUCAACCGUUAAGUGGAUUGCUGCAGAAGCAUACUGUAACAGUAUGGAUGCAAAUCUUGUCAGUAUACUCGACCAGAAUGAAGCUGACUGGUUUGAAGCAUACAGGUCAUCCAUAAGUGGAUUGACUUAUAUAUGGAUUGGAUUGAAUGAUAGGGAAACUGAAGGUGAAUGGAUUUGGUCAGAUGGAAGUUACAUCGGUUUUUUAAAUUGGAAAUUGAGUGAGCCAAAUGGACACAUUGCCUCAAACUGUACACAAAUAAAAGCAAUUAAUAAAGGCAAAUGGGAUGACAUAAGCUGUGAUUAUGAAAAUAGCUUUAUCUGUGAAGCUACAUUGCCAGAUGUGGAUGUGCCCUGCCAAGAUGAUCCAGCUAAAGACUGUAUAAGUAUUUUAGCCAGAAUGCCCGAUAUGUGUGAAAACCAGUUAGAAUUUGCGCAUGCGUAUUGUCUGUAUAGCUGUGGGUUUUGUAAUGAAUAUAACCACCAAGACAACACAAACUAUACAUUCAUUUUCACUCCUAACAAUGACAAUCAAGUGAAGCUGUUAAAUAAUGUGGUACCAAUGGAAUACUUUAGAUUUGAAGUGAAGACGUGUAAGGCAGCUUCGAUAUGUUUAGGGGCCACAAGCAAUGCUCGUCCAUCAGAGGUGUAUCAGAUAGAGCUAGGAGGUGGCGGAAAUACAAAAAGUUUUAUUGCGAAAGGCAAACACGGUGCAAGACGUGUACUAAUGAACACCCCAAAUAUUGUUAGUUGCACUCAAUAUAGACCUUUCUGGGUUCGGGCUACUAGAAAGGCCCAAAUGCUUCGCAUUGAAGUUGGAACUGGACUGUGCAUCGGGGAAAAUAUGUUCAUGACGUGGACAGAUCCAUAUUCUGUAGCUCCAUAUGGAUCAGGUUUUGUAAGCGGAAGCUCAUAUUAUAGUGCUCCAGCUUUUUGGAAGGUUUAUCACACAGACAUUAUGCUUCAGACUUGUGGCGAUCCAAAACACUGCUGGGCACAAACGGACAUACCCAAUUGCCACAUUGUAUCCAAAUCCAUAUUAAAGAUCGGAGAAUAUGCUGAAUAUUCUUGUGACAUUGGUUAUGGGACAGAUGACAGCAUGCGACAAGCGUGUACCAGAAAUGGGCUUGUACCAAGGGAACCUCCAAAGUGCAUACCCAAGUCUAAGUUAAUUGAAGAAUUGGGAAAUCUACAAAUACCACGUCCAUAUCGCAUGGAGGUUGGAAAUGUUACAUUGGAAAAUAGUCGCAAUUUAAGAAUAAACCGAUCAGGAGAGAUACUGGAAUGGAAGGUGUGGU